GCCCGCGGGCACCAUAGCGCCCGCCGAUCGUUUUACGUGUGCCCGCUGCUGUGCGACCACAAUAAAAAUAUUUCAGUUUUCAAUAAAAUGCUAUGUAAAAGUUUUCUUAUUUUUAAUGAUUAUCCAAACAAAAGUAGAAAUGGCAUCCAACACAGAUAAAAGAACAAAGCGAAAUGCGACUGAUCUCUUUUUUCCCUUUUGCCAAAUCUUCUCCAACCUAAUUACCCAUACCUAAAAUGAAAUAAACCGUUCCAUUUUUAUGGUUGCUGUGACAACAAAGACAUUUGUCUCAUGAGAGCCGGACAGUAGUGUGGUUUGUGCUGUGAGGUAAACGUUCAUUCGAGGUAUCUACUUUAUUAUUUAUUCAUAAUUAUAUGCUCAUAUUUUUUGUAUACUGUGUUUUGUAUACUCUUUCGUUGUUUUUAAAUACUUCCUUAUUUUUACCCCAAAAUGAGUGGAUCAAGUAAAAGACAACGGACCUAUAAUUUUAAUAAUGAAUGGGAGGAUUUAUAUUGCUUUGUCAAUUUAAAAGACAAAUGUAUUUGUUUGUUGUGUGGAAAUAGCGUCGCGGUGCCGAAAAAACAUAAUGUUGAACGUCAUUUCCUGACAAUUCAUGCUAGUUUUAAUACGAACUAUCCACUUAAAUCUGAAAUAAGAAAGAAGAAAAUAGAUCAACUAAAAUCAAAUCUGUUCGCUCAACAGUCAGUUUUCACUAGGCCUGCGUUAAGAUCUAAAAAUGCUACUAUUGCUUCUUUAAAAAUUUCUCACAUACUCGCAAAGAAGAAAAAGCCUUUCCAGGAUGGUGAGUUGUUAAAGGAAGCAUUUCUUACUGGUGCCGAUUGCUUAUUUGAGGGAUUUUCCAACAAACGUGAGAUCAUGUCAGCAAUACAAGACUUACAGUUGUCAGAUAACACCGUUACAAGAAGAAUACAAGCCAUUUCAAAGGAUAUGCAAACUCAGUUAAAGAGUGAUUUGGAAAUAUGUGAGUGGUUCUCACUUCAAUUUGACGAGUCUACCGACAUAUCAGACACAGCACAGUUAGCAGUUAUGGUGAGAAUGGUAUUUAGUGACUUUACUGUAAAAGAAGAUCUACUAAAAAUAUUACCCAUGAAAGGACGAACAACAGGUGAGGAUAUCUAUAAAAUAUUUAUAACAUAUGCAAAGUCGAUAGAUAUGCCUCUCCAGAAGUUGUCUGCGAUAACCACUGACGGAGCACCAGCAAUGGUUGGUAAUGUCAAUGGAUUUAUUGCCCUCUGCAUAAAAGAUAAAUCAUUUCCAAAUUUUAUGUCGUAUCACUGUAUUAUCCACCAGGAAGUUUUGUGUGGUAAAAUACUACCCUUCGGACACGUCAUGAAAAUAAUUACAAAAAUAGUCAACUUAAUUCGCGCAGCUCCUUUGCAACACCGCCUUUUCAAGGCCCUAUUAGAAAAUCCUGAAGAUCCUGAUCUCAUUCUGCAUACUGAAGUACGUUGGCUCAGUAAAGGCAAAGUUCUUGCUAGAUUUGUAAAUUUAAUUGAAGAAAUAAAAAAUUAUCUCAAUGCCAAACACCAAAAUUUUUUUGAACUAACAGACCCUCGUUGGCUAGCGGAUUUGGCUUUUUUCACAGACAUAAUGGAAAAACUGAAUUAUUUAAACUUAGAGCUGCAAGGAAAAGACAAACAUAUAGCUACAAUGAUAGGGUCUAUAAACUCAUUUAAAGCUAAACUGGUUUUGUACAUUAUGUGUAUGUAUUAUUAA